AUGCACCCCCUUUCUGGCUGGCAUCGCCACUGGCCCUGCUGCUGGCUGCUCCUCCUUUCCUCUCUGGGAUGCCAGGGGGCCCCAGACUACCCCAGCGCCAUCCCAGAGCAAGUUCACCUGUCCUACCUAGGUGAGCCGGGCUCCAUGACUGUCACCUGGACCACCUGGGUCCCCGCCGGCUCUGAAGUGCAGUUUGGGCUGCAGGUGUCGGGACCCCUGCCCUUCCGUGCCCAGGGCACGGCCAGCCCGUUUGUGGACGGGGGCAUCCUGCGGCGGAAGCUUUACAUACACCAGGUCACGCUUCGGCGGCUGCGCCCGGGGGUCCAGUACGUCUACCGCUGCGGCAGUGCCCAGGGCUGGAGCCGCCGCUUCCGCUUCCGAGCCCUGCAGCACGGGCCCCACUGGAGCCCCCGGCUCGCGGUGUUCGGGGACCUGGGCGCUGACAACCCCAAGGCCCUGCCCCGCCUGCGCAGGGACACGCAGCAGGGCCUGUACGACGCCGUGCUGCACGUGGGAGACUUUGCCUACAACUUGGAUGAGGACAAUGGCCGCGUCGGGGACAGGUUCAUGCGACUCAUCGAACCCGUGGCCGCCAGCUUGCCGUACAUGACGUGCCCGGGCAACCACGAGCAGCGCUACAACUUCUCCAACUACAAGGCUCGUUUCAGCAUGCCUGGGGACACGGAAGGCCUGUGGUACAGCUGGGACCUGGGUCCUGCCCACAUCGUGUCCUUCUCCACCGAGGUGUACUUCUUUCUCCACUACGGCCACCACUUGCUAGAGAGGCAGUUUCGCUGGCUGGAGAGUGACCUCCAGGAAGCCAACCGGCAGCGGGCAGUCCGGCCCUGGAUCAUCACCAUGGGCCACCGGCCCAUGUACUGCUCCAACGCUGAUGUGGACGACUGUACCCGGCAUGAGAGCAGGGUCCGCAGAGGCCUGCGUGGCAAGUAUGGGCUGGAAGACCUUUUCUACAAGUAUGGAGUGGACCUGCAGCUGUGGGCUCAUGAGCACUCAUACGAGCGGCUGUGGCCAAUCUACAACUACCAGGUGUUGAACGGCAGCCGUGAGGCACCCUACACCAACCCCCGAGGCCCUGUCCACAUCACCACAGGAUCCGCGGGCUGUGAGGAGCGGCUGACGCCCUUCGUCAUCCUCCCCCGACCCUGGAGCGCUGUGCGCAUGAAGGAAUACGGGUACACGCGGCUGCACAUCCUCAACGGGACCCAUGUCCACAUUCAGCAGGUGUCCGACGACCAGGAUGGGAAGAUCGUGGACGAUGUGUGGAUAGUGAGGCCCCUGCGUGACCGGAAGCGGUACCUCUAG